AUGAAACCGCGGCUCGCGCUCGGCUGUCGGCGGUGGGGCUCAGAGCCUGUUCCUUCGAAAUCAGGCAGGCGCGGCGGUCGCUUCAGCGGGGGCCUGGCGCUGUGCGGGGGACAGUGCGAGGCGGAGGCGGGCGCGGCGUUGGAUUUGGAAAUGCAGUGGCAGUGGAUGGAGAGAGUGUUUCUUUGGAGAAGUAUUCUCAUCUUUAGAGUAUCCUUGCUUGUUUGCACAGCAGGAAAUUUGUUUGCACAGGCCACUUGUCCUGAUAUCACUGUGACUCAACAGCUUCUGAAAGAGGGAUUUCACAGAGACUUGCUAACAAAGGUAGAACUUGGUGCAGGGGAUGAAGCCAUAGGAAGCUGUACUGUGGCAAUUAAAGAACACCUACCAACAGGACUAUAUGUGGAUCCCUAUGAGUUGGCAUCAUUGCAACAGCACAACCUAACUGAGGCUCUGAUGAUUCCAGAUAUUGUUGAUGUGGAAUCUCCUGAAUACUUAGCCACAGACCUUGCCAUUGUUGUUUACAUGAAACCUGACCCUCAGUGUGCUAGCUGUUUUAAAGCCAUGUUGCCUGUGCACUGCCGGUAUCACCGGCCAACAGAGGAUGACGGGGAAGCACUUACUCUUCUGAAGAGUCCAGAAAUAUUGAUUCAUUGCCAUAAAAGUAACCCCCACCCCAGGGAAGGGGAAUUGUAUCCCCUAAUAUGGAUCUUUAAGAUGGGAGUGUUGACAGUUGGCCUGCUCCUUAGAAUCUGGACUGAUAAAGGUUUCCCAUCAGUUGAAUGUUGGAAGUAUUCUGAAGUGGAAGCUCCAUGUUCAGUGAGAAACAGGCAUACCUGUCAUUGGAACAUUGUGAAGUACAAACAUGUAAAUACGGAAGUGAUACUGAAGGUUCCAGUGGGGCUCAAACAACAUGGUACCUUGCUAUAGCUUCUGGAAUUCCUGGGCAUCGUUCAUCUCCUUCUGAAACUCAAUAAAGAGCUUGUCUUGUGACUUCUACCACAGGUUGGAAAGUGAUUUGACCCUGGUCUUUUGUUUUCCCUUGACAAGUGCUGAAUGAUGAUGGCUGCACCAGUACUUCAUCCACUACUUCAGUUUCUGACUCCUCUGCAUCUGUUUGGGGGAAGGGAGAGGAUAAAAAAAAUUGCUGAUAGACUUUAUUUGUUACUUAUUUAACAUGUCUGAGCAGCUGUGCCAUGAUGAGAUCAGCUGUGAACAUCUGUUGUUUAACUUGUCCUUGGAUGGGUUUUUUUGUUUGUUUGUUUUAAUUUCCAAAUUUGAAGGUGUUUUUUUUUUUUUUUGCUGUCUUAUGUCCUAACACGUGCUUUAUACUGCAGGCUGACCCUUGGUACUGUGGAAGCAGGGAAAGCUUCAAUAAGGAUUUGAAGGGGAUUUUAAUGCAUGUUAGUCAGUUAGCAAGAGUCAGGCCAUACUGUGACCCUUAUGACGUGAGAUUUGUAGAAGCAAGAUAAUGUA